UCUAUAAAUAAUCAUCCUUACCGACCUGUGCAGCUGUGUUCACAUCUGACCGUGUGUGGAUCUGUGAAAAAUUGCUUGAUUUGUGAAAAAACUAAACUGUCAACGUUCAGCCUCAUUUGAUUGACAUUAAAACACGCCAGAUGUAACAAUGCUAUUGUGCUCGAAUAAAAACCAGAUAUACUCCUGAUUAAUUUCAAGACCACCAGUACCAACCCAUUAAAAACCGCUAAUUUAUCAAGAGAAUAUCGUUACCGAUUAGGAUCAGUUGAAUGCAAUUAACGUGAUAGAUAACCUUAACUGAACGAUGAUAAAUGUCACAUAGAUAUUUAUUCGGUGGUUAUCGUUUGUUUAUUAUCAUUCACUGUUGCAACUUGAUUAAACGAUUGAACAAAACAAACUUAACAUAUCAAAGUGGGUGGAGGUUUGCCAUGAUUGUGAAUAAUGGAGGUGAAAGUCGCGCAGGGUCUCGUAAGGGACUUGGAUGUAACACUUCAACCGCGAGCUGCACCGAGGUACAAAGUUUGGCUGCCCUUGGCCACCCAACAGCUGCGCCUGAGGAGCCUGUGCCAAGUGAUAGGGUGUAACUUGGAGACGGAUAAGAACCAUAAAAUAUGCUGGUUUUAUUUCACACUCCACAGAUCGAGCAUGUCAUCACCAUUUUAUACAAGUGAGCCCAUUGAUAAUGGUAGCCCACGAUGGGUGAGCCUUGAAGUGCCUACUUUGCAUGCCACCGGUCUCUCCACUGCAAAUGAAAUAAUUUUGCGUCUAUGGAGACGGACAGUGGUGGCCGAUCCGACAAGCGACGUAACAGUAUUCACGUGGGGUAUCUCCUUCACGGGUCUCGUCUACAUGGGCCCAAAGCUCUCGAACAACCUUGAACCAAUGCUCCGGCCAAAUUCCCUCAUAUUUCACCUCUACGGUGGCUUCUUUGUGCCAUCCUACUGCCUUCUUCAUCCUCCCGAAUUCCGUCGUUACCUCUACAUGAGUGUCAGCAACUCGGAGAUCCGAGACAGCUACACAGUCUCCAAAUUAACUAGCCUCAGACGAAAGAUGCAUUUGCUUAAGCAACAGAAUGAGGCCACCGAGGCCUUACGAGAGCGAAUAGCCUCUGGAGAUGGUGUCCAAUCUCCAAAAUUCAGACAGACAACUCUUAACAGAUUACUUCAACCAAAGAGAAUAAGUAAAGAAAAGAAAGCAGAAAUUUUGAUGAUUAAAAAGGAAUUAGAAGUAGCGAAAUUUAGAAUGAAAUUACUAGAGCAAGAGAGAUUUCGAAAAAUGGGUGAAUUGCGGGCACUAAAUCAAUUACAUCUGAGUGUGAUGGAGGAGAAUCAGGAUCACGGUUCCUUAUUAAUGGAGAGAUAUCGAGAACUCAAUAAGGACAUGGAAAGACUGAAGGAGUGGCGCCAGAGUCACAUAGAGACUAGAGAGGUUUAUGUACAGGCAUCGGCACAGCUGGCAUACAUGAGACGUCACCUCAUGUCAGAUCUCUGCCUGAUCUUCCCCAUUCGCCAAGAGUCUGAACGAAAAUACAUUAUCAAUAACAUUCAUCUGCCAGACAGUGAAGAGCUGGACUCCUGCAACGACAUUCAGACCUCAGCGGCCCUGGGUUACGUGGCCCAAUGCACUCAGAUGGUUGCCAACUUUCUCAACGUCCCCACUAGGUACCCCAUUCUCCUCAGCGGCUCGAGAACUAAAAUCGUCGACCACAUAAACGACAAUUUUCCCAAGAAAGAUCGUCAGUUUCCACUUUUCUCUCGCAGCAAGGAUAAAUUACGGUUUAAUUACGGGGUUUAUUUAUUGAAUAAAAACAUUGCCCAACUCAGGUGGUACUGUGGCCUCACCACCAUUGAUUUACGUCCGACAUUAAUCAAUUUGGGAUCUCUACUCAACCUGAAACCUAAUCAGUCGCUGGACAAUUCAAAACGUACGUUCUCAGGCUCAUCUCUGGAUACUGAUAACAGUGCUAAUGGAAAACACAAUGUUCCCCUGACUCCUCCUCUCCAAAAAGUGGUGAUUGAUAAAAUCAGUAGGACCAGGACGAUGAGUCAGUUGAGAAUGCUGAGAAAUUCCUUAGGAUCUUCUCUUGAUCAAGGCCUUAAUAAACCAAAUCAAUAUUUUGUUUUGGGAAAGCAGAGCAAACGUAUUUGCAAGUCUGAGGAAUCGGCUAUCGAUGCGAAAACAUUUUCGUUACCCAGAGAUGGGAUGAGCAACAGUAGUGGAGAGACUAUUGACGAUGGGCUGUUUCAUGAUCGUAAGAAUGACAGGCUGAAGCUACAAGUACAGUCGAAUCAGCUUAUUGAGCCUGAGAUCGAGAUUACGAUACCUGUGUCUGUAUCAAAACCGAAGUGUGAUGGUGAUAGUAUUAGGCAGAGGAGUUCCAACUCAAUAAGCAGCUGUGAAAUGGCCUUGGGGGCGUCUCAGACUGAGGUGAACAGAAUUAAUGGGGAGUUGGAUGAUGAAAAAAUCGAAACUGCAUUGAAUAGACUUGCCAAUGCUUUGGAUAAUGUUCAGGUGGGUGAGGAGAGUAUUGAAUCGAGUGAGGGUCUCACGAUUUCAGCGGUAGAAAAAUUGGGGGAGGACAGGAGUCAAGAAACUCUGACUGGUCUUGAGGGGGAGAAGGGAGUAAAUGACAGUACUGAAACACUCUCGAGUUCGAUGGUAUCGUUGGAUAAUACCAGGAAUUCCUAUGAGAGGAUUGAGGAAAGACUGGGAGUCGCCUGCAGCUGUCCUGAGAGCGCUAAGUCGUUUUACGAUGAUGGAGAUGACAGGAGCAACUGGAGAACAGAGUCCAAUCCAAUUUUCCAGAUGUCAAUGGAAAGGAAGACUUUUCCUGUUCCCAUCUCUCGAUCACAGCCUAACAGGGUUCAAGAGACUGUCAAUGAUUUUCAAGCCUCCAGUGAGUUCAUUAAUUCCAUACGCAAAAGCUCGGAAAAUGUUUUUGCAAGAACUGAAGCACUCGCAAGCAAAAAGACGAGCUUUAAGGUAAUGAAACCAAGGUUCUAGGUUUAUUUCUGAUUCGAGGAUAAUUAUUUUUCAAUGAUUCCAUGAAUUAGGUGUAAUUUAUUUUAGCUGGCUAUUUGUUUCUGGAUCAAAUGCUAUUUUCAUUCGGGGGAAAAGAAUGAUAGAAUGGUUGAAGAGAUUUAUUUAAUUAUUUAUUGCAUAUAAAUUGAAGGAUUUGGAGUCGAAUUGAAUUUGUUGAUAAAUAAUUGU